AUGAAUCAUUGGGUGGUUUUUGCAGCUUCUUUCAUGAUUUUUCUAUCCGGUUGUUGUGGAAAAUUCUCAAAGAAAAAAGAGAUAAAAAAUCCCAACCAAUUACAUAAACAAGUUUCCAAAGAUGAGAACCAUAAUAUAGAUUGGUCAGCUAUCCCAACUCAAAUAUUAGAGUUGAUUUUAAGUCACCUUUCUCGAGUGGAUUUCUAUAGAUUUAGUGAGGUAUGCACUUCUUGGAGACAUGCUUUUAAUCAAUCAAUUCUUUAUAGAACCUCACACCCUUUACCAUCUAUGCCUUUGCUUUUACUUUAUCAAUUGCACAUAUUCAAUGACAUCAAAACUGGCCUUUUUAGCUUAAUAGACCGAAAAAUGUAUUUUCCCAAUAAACCAUUUUUUAGUGGGAAUAAUUUACAUUGUCUUGGUUCAAACAAUGGUUGGUUGAUCAUGGUUGAUACUAAUGCAUAUCUUUCAAGUUCAUCUUCCUCUAAUUUCAAUUAUCCUCAAUUUCCAUCAUUUUUCUUUUGGAACCCUAUUUCAGAUGCUAGAAUCAUGUUGCCGUCGAAAUUUAAAAUUCCAUACAUUGUGACUUGGUAUAGAUUGUUUAGUAAAGUGAAGGCAUCGUCAAGACCAGAUAGUCCAGAUUGUAUUGUGGCGGCUUUGUUCACCGGCCGACACAAUAUUGCCUUUUGUAGGCCACAGGACGAGUCAUGGAAAAUCAUAUAUGUUGAAAAUAACGACGAAAAUGCAGUUUUUGCCGAUAUAGAAUUACUUCAUGGAAAAUGUUAUGUUCUUACAGAAUCAUUAAAAUACGGAAAUAUCAUAUCCAUAUUGGUUUAUGAUCUCCAAGGUUAUGGUUCUACUCUCCCAAAAGCCAAAAUUUUGAUUAGCCAACUUCGACAACAAGUAGAAUAUGAUUACCCUAACUUCAUGGAUCUUAUAUUCCAAAACCAUAAAUUUUUCUAUUACUUGGCAAGUGAUCCAAUAUGUGGUAACAUAUACUUGAUUUUUAUGAUUGUUGACUAUAAUAAUGUUCAUCCUAUUGAGAAAGAAUUUAUUGUUUACAAGGUAGACAACAUUAGCAAUAUACCUAUGCUUGUAAGGGUCAUAGAUUUAAAUGGUGGCAUAUUGUUUCUUAGUCAUAGGGACAGUAAAAUAAUUCCAAGCUCUACCCUUACUGGACCUGAAGAUUUGAUCAAAGGAAACAACAUAUAUUUUGCUCAUGCCUAUCCAUGCAAGGAAAAUCCACCUCCUAUUCCUAGAAUUGUGAAGUUCUGCAUGACUAGUAGGAGAAUCAACCACAUUCCUCUUCAAAGUGCUGAACUAGAUCUUGAGCCAACAUGUUUAUGGUUCAUGCCAACACUUUGGUAA